AUGAAGUUGGCUGAAACUCGGUACACGCUGCUGGAGAAAAUAGUUUAUCCCUUGGUGAUCACAGUGCAAAAGUUGGCACCCUACUUCCAAGCCCACACCUUCCGAGUCCUGACCGACCAACCUCUGGGAAGUGUGUUGCGGAAUCCCACGUCGUCCGGACGGCUCGUGAAAUGGGCGAUAGAGCUAACCCAAUAUGGAAUCGUGUACCAGCAUCGCCCCUCGAUUAAAGGGCAGACCCUGGCCGACUACUUGGUCGAGUGCACCGCGGGAGAAGAUGACAAGACCUCGGCCUCAGAGGAGGGCCCCAGCGAAUGGUGGGAAAUGCAUGCGAAUGGAGCAGCGAGUUGCCAGAACUGCGGCGGCGGAGUCAUGCUUAUCACACCCGAAGGGUUCAGGCUCUACUACGCUUUGAGUUAUUUGUUUCAGACAUCCAAUAACGAGGCCGAGUACGAAGCAGUACUGGGAGGACUACGACUUGCCAAGACAUUAGGGGCGGAUCGCCUGCGGAUCAAGACUGACUCGCGCCUGGUAGUAGGACAGGUGUCCGGAACCUGCGAAACCAAGAACGCCCAGAUGGCUCAAUACAAAGAGAAAACAAUGGAACUAUUGAAGGGAUUUAUGGCUUACGAGAUAGAAUACAUCGCCCGGGCCGACAACGUGGAGGCUGAUAUACUAUCGAAGAUCGCCUUGGAAGGCGUGCUAGACCAUCUUGUGAGAAUUUGUCAAAAGGAGGAAUUGCUUCGACCCAGCAUAGAAGAAACAACUAAUGAGAUUCAACAAGUGACGACCCAGGAAUGGGACCGUGACAAAAACCCGGAAAUGUUUUGGAUAGAAGACAUUCGCCGUUACAAAGAGAAGGGAGAACUGCCAGACGACCCCGUGGUCGCUGCCCGAGUUUGCCACAAGGCUCCUUCAUUUGAGAUCAUAGAGGGGCAGUUGUAUAAGCGAUCAUUCGGGGGUCCUCUCCUCAAGUGCCUGCUCAGAACGGAUGCGGAAAAGAUAACGGAUGAGGCUCAUCGUGGAAUAUGCGCGGCCCACCAAGGCGCACACACACUCGCCCGGAAGUUAGUCGUUCAAGGCUACUAUUGGCCUACUAUGAUGCGAGACUGCAUAGAGUGGAUAGCCAAAUGCGUAGUCUGUCAAGCAUUUGCUCGGAAAGAUACUCGGCCCGCUACCUUUUACACGCCAGUCACCACGGUCAUCCCGUUCGCAAAAUGGGGUAUUGAACUUCUGGGUCCUUUAUCGGUCACUCCCGGACGUCUAAAGUUCUGCGUGGUAGCUACCGAUUACUUCACCAAGUGGAUUGAAGCCGAGCCGCAGGCCACCAUCACUGAGUAUCAAUGUCGACGCUUUCUGUGGAAGAAGGUGAUUUGUCGUUUCGGGCUACCCGAACACAUAGUCAGUGAAAUGGUCGACAGUUCCACUACCGACCAUUUGUCGAUUUUUGCCGACGACCACAGCAUACGACACACUAAAGUGUCGGUCGCCUAUCCCUAG